CGGUGCCGGCGGCGCGACAGCAGCUGGAGGGCAGAGGAGGCGGCGCGGCCGGUCCCAGUCCUCGCCAUGAGGCCGCAGCAGGCGCCGGUGUCCGGGAAGGUGUUCAUUCAGCGAGACUACAGCAGUGGCACACGCUGCCAGUUCCAGACCAAGUUCCCCGCGGAGCUGGAGAACCGGAUUGAUAGACAGCAGUUUGAAGAAACAGUCCGGACUUUGAAUAACCUCUAUGCCGAAGCCGAGAAGCUGGGGGGCCAGUCCUACCUUGAGGGCUGCCUGGCCUGUCUCACAGCCUACACCAUCUUCUUAUGCAUGGAGACUCACUAUGAGAAGGUUCUCAAGAAAGUCUCCAAGUACAUUCAGGAGCAGAAUGAGAAGAUCUACGCUCCGCAAGGCCUUCUGCUGACAGACCCCAUCGAGAGAGGACUUCGAGUUAUUGAAAUUACCAUUUAUGAAGACAGAGGCCUGAGCAGUGGAAGAUAAACCCUCCAAUGUAAAGAUCCCCCUGCAGCCGGCCGCCCGCGGAGCGCCCCCGCCCUCCUCCAGAGCAUCAUUCCUCGUACCUGCUGCCGGAGCCACAGUGCCACUCACUCCCAGGACUGACCUUCUCCAACCCCACGCCUGGGGUGAUUCUAGGCGCUCAGCAGCCACUCGGUGUCUCCCCGUAUGUAGGACUGUGGAAUCUUAGUGAUUAGUCUCAGAAAAAACAAUGAAGCGUGUCCGUUUUUCUAAUUUGAAGCCAUUUACUAAAACAUGCAUGUGGUCCACCCAAAGCCAGGCUUAUUUCUUGCCAGACUCGAAUACAGUGGGCUAUGCCUAGGCCUUGGGCCAGUUCCCAGGUAGCCCAGGAUGUGGGCGAGCCGUGUCUUGGCUGGCAUACAGACCUAGGCCUCCAGGUGGACAGAGCAGCUGCUUUCGGGGUCCUGUGGGGAGUGGA